UGAGUGGCAUUGAACAAUUUUCAAUAUGCGUUCGAUUUAUUGAUAAGAUUGACGAUGAAUAUAUAAUUCGAGAAGACUUUUUGUGCUUUAUUCCUGUUGAGGAUGUUACCGGAAAAGGUCUUGCAAAUACAUUGCUGACUAAGAUGAAGGACAUCGGCAUAAACUUGGUUAAUAUGAGAGGACAAGGCUAUGAUGGGGCGCGUGCAAUGAGUGGAAAGUUCAACGGUUGUGCUGCCAAAGUUCGAGAAUUAUAUCCGGAAGUUAUUUACGUCCACUGCGCUAAUCAUAAUUUAAAUUUAGCUAUUACCCACGCGUGCAAAAUAUCAUCCAUCCGAAAUUGCAUAGGAACAAUUAAAGAAGUUGUAAAUUUAUUUCGCUUAUCUAAUAAAGCAGGUCUAGUUUUAAAAGAUAAAAUUAAAGCAUCUU